AUGUCGCGGUUGUCUGCAGGGUUUGCCGAUUUCUUCCCAACCGCGCCGUCGGUCCUCCAGUCGCGACGAACUAGAAUAUCAGAUGAUAGUGGACGAACCAGAUCGAUGCCCGAGACUAGCAACGGAAUCAUUCAGUCAGUAACUACGUCGCCUAUCGUUAAAAAAGAAAACCAUGAUAAUUUGCCUGGCGAGGAAGGUGAAAAUGGUACAUGUGCGCUAAUUGUACGAGACGUUCCGUCGGUUAACCACGGCAAUGGGGCCACGAAUUCACGAUACACCGUCGACUUAUCUACUCAAAUUAUUGCUGAUAACUCACAUGCAAUGAAUGGAACGGGGUCAUCACAGCAUACGCUCGUUACGCAAUCCGCGUCGCCCAACCCCAGCAGCCCUUACCAGACAAAGCCGGUACAUAAUUCUGAUUAUGAGACUGGGGUUGAUGAGGCUUGGAAAGAUAAUAUAGGUUGUCGCUCCAGAGGUGUCGUCGAAACACUCUCCGACGACACACGACCUGUCCUGCCAUUCGAGCUCAAAGGUUGCAGAGUAAUUCAUGACCCGGAGUUGGACAAAAAGUCUGCCACCAAGGACAAGAAGAGGAAGCUUCAAUAUAUGGAGUUUGUUCAGACAGAUGCAUACUCAAGAAACGCCGAUCCACGGCUCUCUGUGGAAAAUUACGCUCGAGGCUCUGCUAAUAAGCUAAAAGUGAAACUGAGAUUAACGCCCUAUUCUAUACGGCAUUGGCAGUUCGACGCCGCAACUUCCAUUGGCCGAGCAGCUCCUUCCCAGAUCGUCGUUACCGGAUUUGAUGCCCUAACACCGAUUGCUCCGAUAAACGCGUUGUUCUCCAGCUUUGGAGAAGUUUCUCAUAUUGAUAAUCGCACCGAUCCAGUCACGGGUAGGCCCCUCGGCAUUUGCCUUGUUAAGUUUAAAGAUACAUCUUCUUUUCAGAACACUGGGCCAUUGUCAGCGUCUGCUGCUGCGAGGCGUGCGUAUUAUGAAUGCAAAAAAGAGCAGCGUAUUGGCACGCGACGCAUUCGGGUUGAACUUGACCGCGAUGGACUCCUGUCACAGCGUUUGGUUGAAAAAGCUAUAGAAUCCUGGCGGAAAAAUAACCAACCAUCUCUAGAAGGGAGUCGUCAUGAUACUCCCCCGAACAACAACGAGCCUCCGCCGACUGCUCCGAAGGGACCGUCAGGGCGCUUGUCAGGUCGCCCAUCUUUCAAUCCCCCAGAAGGUCCUAAGGCAGCUAUUAUGAAACCCGCAACUCCUUCUCUCGUUGAAGAAACGCCGAUUUUGCAACAAAUAAAGCGCGACCCCUAUAUUUUCAUAGCCCAUUGCUAUGUCCCUGUCUUAGGGUCCACGAUAUCUCACCUCCAAAAGCGGCUCAGAACGUUUGACUGGAAAGCCGUAAGAUGUGACAGAACCGGAUACUAUAUCAUUUUUGAAAAUUCUCGACGAGGUGAAGAAGAGACGAUGAGGUGCUACAAAAUGUGCCACAUGACCCCCCUGUUCACCUACAUUAUGAAUAUGGAAAGCCAACCUUAUGGAAAUCCUAAUUAUGAGCGCAGCCCCAGCCCCGAGCGCUUACAAGCAGAACAGAAAGUCAAGGCAGAAAAGGAGAGAAUUUUGAAGGAGCAGCAACUGGAGGCUGAUGAAGAAAAACAACAACGUGCUCGCAAUUUGGACCCGUCUAAAGAAGUGCUGAGUGUUGUCAUUCGUGAAUUGAAGACUAAACUGCUGGAGGAUAUCAAAUUUCGAAUCGCUGCUCCUUUUUUAUAUGAAUAUCUUGACCCAGAUAGGCAUUCAUCGACAAGGAAAGCUUUAGGCAUUCAGGAUCCCGAGGCGAAUAGACCAAACCCAUUUCAGCUUGGUGUAUCUAACGACUCCUUGCAUACCCGUCCGCUUGAUCUACUUGCCCUUCCUCGCAUUCGUAAAUCUCAUCGUGGCCAACUAGGCCGUACAACUUAUGUGGAAGAAAGGCGUGGCCACCUACUGCGUCGAAGCGAUGUACGGCCGCUCCAUCAUCGCCUUCGUCAUCUUCAUGAAGCAGGAGAUUCGGAUGAUGAUGCGCGAACACCUAUGUCAAGAGAUACCGACGAAAUCGGAAGUAGAUCGCCAAGCCGAUUGAGCUUUGAUUCUUCGGCUUCAGACACAGAAGACGAUUAUGACAUUUACGCAUCUCAAAGUCCGUCUGUAGAAAACGAAGCUGCUGAUUAUGUCAUCGCUACAGGUGUGGAUACGAAGGAAGAGGACGAUUUGAUGCUCCAGCAAAUUGAUCUCAACUUGUCCGUUUCACCCAAAAAGAGAAAGAGGGUUAUGGAUGAUGGACUUGAUUCACGAAAGCGACACAAGGAUGACCAAGAGAUCCUUGACGUUGAGACAGUCGUUCUUGAUGUUAAAGGUCAUGUUCAUUCUCCUCGUUUCUUCGGUAGCGACAGCUUUGAAGAUGAGAAUUUAAUGCUGCGGUCAACAGAAUUCAGCCUUGACUCCGAUUUUGCCUACACGAAGCCCGAAGUUAACCUGGAAGUCUCAUAUGAUCAACCGCGGCCCAGCGUCGCUGAUGAUGACGCAAUGGUUCUUGAUCUUGACGGCUGGCAGUCUCUAGUCAAAGAUGACGAGGAUCUAGCUUUUCUUAAAGACACUCUUUACGACAUAUUACCGUCAGAAGUUGGUAAUAUAGCAAUAUGGGCCUGGAGACAGCGGGAAGUCAAGCUUUUAAAUCGAUACGGAGAAAGUGGACCCGUGUACACGGGCAUUUGCGUUCCUGGAUACUUUGUGCCGAAUAUGACGGGAUCGGCUCGAACGGAAGGUAGAAAAAGGAUAUUCGAGUCGGAAAAAUCGAAGUAUCUGCCUCACCGUAUCAAAGUACAAAAGGCGCGAGAAGAAAGAGAAGCACUCGCGCAAAGCGAUCCUCAAGCGGUGCCUGUCGAUCCCGCAAAGGCUGGCCCAACUAAGCCGGUGUCCAACUCCACGUCAAGAUCUACGAGAGUGCAAAACCGCCGACUUGCUGCUGACAUCAAUGCACAGAAACAGGUUCUGCCCCCUCAAGGCGGUGAUGGCGAUGCGUUACGCUUCAACCAACUCAAGAAGCGUAAAAAGCCCGUCAGAUUUGCCCGCUCAGCUAUUCAUAAUUGGGGACUCUAUGCAGAGGAAAAUAUUGCAGCCAAUGAUAUGAUCAUCGAAUACGUCGGUGAGAAAGUUCGACAACAAGUGGCUGAUAUGAGGGAACGGAGAUAUUUGAAGAGCGGGAUCGGAAGCAGCUACCUUUUCCGAAUCGACGAAAAUGCUGUAAUUGAUGCUACAAAACGUGGAGGUAUCGCAAGGUUCAUCAACCAUAGCUGUACUCCUAAUUGUACGGCAAAAAUCAUUCGGGUGGACGGUAGUAAAAGAAUCGUGAUCUAUGCGUUGCGAGACAUCAGUAAAGAUGAGGAACUCACCUACGACUAUAAGUUCGAGCGAGAAUGGGACAGUGAAGACCGAAUUCCUUGUCUAUGUGGGUCAGCAGGCUGUAAAGGGUUUCUUAAUUGA